AUGACUGACGAUGAUCAAAUACGUCUAGCACUUCGUUGGAGUAUUCCCAAUAUUACUGAAGAUCAAUUACUUACUAGUACAAUGGAUUGGAACGAUUCAAACAAAGAAGAUGUCGAACUUAUUUAUCGUGAUAUUUUUCUCUGGUGUGUACUUACUUAUCGACUUGCGAUGGCAAAAAUUAUUCUUGGUCAAAUGAAAACUCGUAUAUGUUCGGCACUUAUCGCUUCGAAAAUUCUCAAAUCAUUAACAUAUUAUGCACCAGAUCAUGAAUCAAAAGAAAGAUUGCGUUCAGAAGCCAAUAUUUUCGAAACAUAUGCUAUCGAGUUCGUACGUUGUUCUUAUGUGUACAAUAAACAACAAACAUGUGAACUAAUUAUUCGUCAAAUAAAGCUCUACGAAAAUAUUACAUGUCUUCAAAUGGCUAUUGCAGGAGAUAAUAAAAAAUUUUUAAAUGAAGAUGCAUGUCAAGCACUACUAACAAAUAUAUGGUAUGAUAAAAUUGAUCCAAUUCAAGAACGAAGUCGUCUUGUUAUCAAUUUACUCACAAUGGGUGUUUCACAGCUGUUUAUCUCCAUGUACGAGAAAUAUUUCUAUGAAAAUCGUCCGACGAAACAAAGAACUAAUGUAAAGUUGAAGAAAUCUUUACUAGAGCUAUUUGAUUUUUUUGUUAUUCGAUAGACAAUGACAUUGACCCAUUCGACACGACGGUAAGUAUUUAUUGGCUAAUCAUAAUAUAAACCAAAAAAAAGGAAUUUAGACUAGAGAAAUAUGGCAUUGAUUACUCAGAUGACUAUCAGAUUGAAGAACCGAUAAUUCGACAUUUUUUUCACUUUCACAAUCGACCUAUUGUCAAAUAUGUCUAUACUUGCGUAAGUUAAACAUGAUGUGAUUGUAUCUUUAGGUUACCUUAUUUUUUUUCCAAUAUUUUAGUUUAGUUAUAUUAUAUUCUUACUCUUAUUCAGUUACUAUAUGCUGUAUGCAUUUACUCCACCAUCAGAUGUUAGUGUGAAUAUUCAUUGGACUGAAAUAUUGACUAUCAUAAUUGUGACCACGAUGUUUUUUGAAGAAGUUCGACAGGUUAGCAUAUUCCAUUUUACUUUAAGUAUUCAUUAUCAAAUUCUUUUACUUAUUAGUUCUAUUUCCAAGAAAAUCGAUAUUUCAAGGGCAAAGCUUUAACCUAUUUUGACUGGAAUAAUCGAUUAUCGAAUCUAUGUCUAGUUUUACCAGCAUAUCUUCUCUUCUAUAUUGGACUUAUACUACGUUUUGUACUGGCAGAUAUCAAUAAUUUUUCAGUAGCAAGGUAGAUUAUAUAAUCGUUGAAAUAGUCAGCAAAUUUAGCUAUAUAUUUAUAGAAUAGUGAUGGCUUACGAUUUAGAGUUGUGGUUUAUUAUUGCAGUUCUCUUUGUUAGUAUUGCUCCAAAUCUCGGUCCAAAACUGGUGAUGAUUCGAAAGAUGGUAGACAAGUUGUAUUAGUGUUAUCUGUGUAUAACAUUGUUCUUUUUGUCACUAUAGACAAGCGAUUUAUUGUUAUUCAUAAUCAUCAUUGUUGUUUUCAUUUUUGGCUAUGGAAUAACGUCAAGAUCUAUGAUAGCCUAUGGCACCAUCGAUUUUGGCGGACAACAAUUCUUUCGUAAUGUGAUCUAUCCAGUUUAUUAUUUCGUCUUGGGUAACUUCGAUAGUGAACUUUCUCAAUUAGAUGGUAGGAUCAAAGUCAAGAAAACUAUCAUACUAACGUAACUAUUCGUCUAUAUAUGUACAUAUUCUUUAUUAAGAGACACCCGAUGCCAGCACUACUAUAGCUACUCAAAUUAUGUUUGCAUUUCAUAUGCUUUUUGUCAAUAUACUAUUGUUGAAUUUGCUCAUUGCCUUAUUCAGGUAGACUAAAAUGUGACAAUGACUUUAGACAAUGAUAAAUAGAAAGAAUUCUUUAGUAAUACAAUAAACGACGUCCACACACAAGCAAAAUACAUUUGGGCUUAUGAUCGUUGCACUCUUAUCCGUGAUUAUUAUGCUCGGCCAGCGUUAUUUCCUCCAUUUACAUUUUUCGUCUCAAUAGCCUCAUUCUGUCGAUGGUGCUGGCGAAAGUGUAAACAUGAUCAGCGAAACUUGCAAUGUUUCAGUUAGUAGUGUUUAUUUUACUACGUUGAGUAUUGAAAUAUUAGAGCAGUUAUGCAAUAAAAUCUAUGUAUAUAUAUGUCGUAUCGAAGUUACACCGGUCGACGAAGUUAUAACUUCGUCAACAUUC